ACUAUGUCCCGCGUACAUAAGAGAAACUUCUCCUUCGGAUUACGCCAUGGGAAAUAAACGUUAAAACAUUUAAUUCCUUUAUCUGUUUUCACGAAAACCUUUUGAUGCAAUUCAUUUGUGCCACCUUUCGUGCUCUCGGCGUGCCCAGCUUUUGCAGGUCUCCGGUGCAUGUUUGUAACAAAGCCAUGUCGGCGAGAUGGAACUCCGACAUGACAGCUUUCCGCGAGGAGUUCUCCCGUGCGAAACGGGUGCUGGUGCUGACAGGCGCCGGCGUCAGCGCAGAGAGCGGGGUACCCACCUUCCGAGGGGCCGGUGGUUACUGGAGACGUUGGCAAGCUCAGGAUCUAGCUACUCCCGAAGCCUUUGAAGCCGAUCCAUCACUUGUGUGGGAGUUCUACCACUACAGAAGGGAAGUGAUGGCCACCAAAGAGCCCAACAAGGCACACCUGGCUAUUGCAGAAUGUGAGAAGCGUUUAGCCAGCCAAGGACGCAUUGUAACAGUUGUCACACAAAACAUAGAUGAGCUCCAUCGACGGGCAGGGACGACCAACCUCAUUGAGAUGCAUGGAACCUUGUUUAAGACGCGGUGUGUGAGGUGUGGCACAGUGAAAGAAGAUAGGAACAGUCCCAUAGUACCAGCAUUAGGAGGCAGAGGGGCCCCAGAUCCAGAUGCAGAGGAUGCCAGAAUUCCAGAGAAGGAUCUUCCAAGGUGCAAGGAGCAAGGGUGCGACUCCCUGCUACGGCCCCAUGUUGUGUGGUUUGGGGAGGGGCUGGAUCCGGACGUGCUGUACGCCAUUGAUGUCGAAUGUGAAAGCUGUGACUUGUGUCUAGUGAUUGGCACGUCGUCCGUAGUGUACCCUGCCGCCAUGUAUGCCCCGAUGAUUGCAAACCGGGGAGUCACGGUUGCCGAAUUCAACACGGAAGAGACGCCUGCCACCAGCUCACUCAAGUACCACUUUCACGGCCCAGCGGGGCAGACCGUCACAGAGGCGCUGACGAGGCAUCCGAGUGAGCCUCCAUAAUGACGUAGACUCUGAGAAGUUAUUCCAAAUUGUACUGCACCUGUGUGAAUACUCAAGAUUUAAUGAAAUGAUGGCGUUCUCUUCACUUCUCAGAUUGUAAGAAAUCAAAGGGGCAGAAGAAAAGAAAAUCUGACCAUACUGCUUUGUUUGGGGGGGGGGUUGAAAUCUAAGGGUUGGAACAAAAAUCCUUCACUUAAUAUCAGUCAGGAUUUUUGAAACUGCAGCAAAGUCAGGAAGUGUACAUAGCGUUGAUAUGCUCAUAUUUGUUGUGGAAGGAAGAAUGAAAAAAAUUGCCUGUCUGCUCCAUGAAACCUCUUUUUUCAGUAACGAUUGCUACCGCCAUUGAACAAGAUCUCAAUUUUUUUUUCAAAUGAGCAUUACAAAUAAAUGGCUUGUAUAUGUCCAUGUGGAGAAUCACAGGGAAUAGCCCAUGUGGAUGAAUGGCAAAUUGCCACUGGCAUGCCAGAGGAAUGUUGGCUGUGCAAAAGGUGGAACGCUGGAGGAACAGUGCCUAUUAAAUUGACGGAAUUGUCACUGUUUUGGAUACCAUUCAAUAGAGGAAAGACGAUGGCCUUACACUGUGUAAAGGAAGGUAGAAACUCAUGUGUUUCUGUACAGGUUGAUUUUGCAUGACCCCUCUCAAAGAUUUGCAGCACCUCUCCCAUUUUUCUCCCUCUCAAGGCUUGCUGUUUAUAAUACAAGAUGCAUUUUUAUUGUGAACAGUGUUCAUGAUAUCUGAUCACGGAGUUUCAAAUUUGUUCCAAAAAAUGUGAUAAAUAAACAUGUUACUAUAGAGCCAAAUUACAUUUGUCAAUACAUUUAUUUCUAAUUUCUUCUUUUACUUUUAAGCCUGUUUACAGUAAAGUUACUUGGCCAACUUGAGGAUUGGAGUGGUGUUUUAAAAUCACAUGUAGUCAAACCUGAGCUUUUUUUUUAAACCUAAAAGUUGUACUGAAAAUGGCUUUAAUAAGAAUACAUUUCAAAACUGAAUAAAAAGCUCUUUCCAAACUACAAUCGUGACAUUUCUUGGAAAGUGGAUCAUUUUGUAAAAAAAGUACUAGAUUUGAGUUUCAACUCAAGGGUCAUGUACAAGGUUUUGCCAACAAACUACCCGACUCUGUCAAUGCUACAUCCUUAGCAAGUCCUUGUUGGGCAAUUUAAUAUCUUAAAAUUGACAACUUCAUGCACACACAGAUGUCACCUAUGCACUCUGCGUCACAUGACAAGUACUUAUUCAAAUAACGCUGACAAUUCUUGGAAGGACGGCAUCUCCUAUUGAUUUACCUCAUGCGCCAACGCAUCUAUUGCACUCGUGCCCCAAACCAUAAACACAGUUACAGGUAAGGUUUGCAUGCAUGGAAAUUAGGGGUUGAAAGGCUUAAAUACUAACGUAAAGAUGGAAAUUCAGCCUGAGAAAUAUCCACUACUCUGUCAUUUUAAAUAUCAGUACUUUUUCAGCCAAAGGUUCAGCCACAGUACUUGUAAAAACUGAAAUCAGUCAGAAAAGUUGAUGUAUGUAGAGAAUCAUACACUAUCUGCCUUGGUUUCUAUGUCUGUAAAUUGGCCCUGUGUAAUAAUUUACAUUGCUUGAAUUUACAUGACGGUGCACUCUGAGUGACAAAAGUGAAGCACCCAGUGAAGGGUGCAUGCAUGUAAGGGUGUGCGACUUACGACCGAGUUUCAUUGUCCUUACAAUAUUGCAUCUGGCAGCACAGAUCACUCGUGAUAAAAUCUCACAUAAAGAUUAGUUACCCUAAAAUAAGCUCUGAUGCCGCAGAUAAGACCUACCCGUGUCUGUGCACCCCUAGUUAUGUGUAAACUUAAGUUUGACGCAAUAGUUGAGGUCAUCACUAUCAAAAUACAUUAAUCAGCCAGUCUUGGACCCAGGAGUAUUGACGUAUCUGGACCAACUUUAUCCAUGUGCUCAACAGUGAAAUUUGCUACGCAAAUAAAAUAUUUCCUUUGCCUAAAACAGAUUACUGGCCAAAAAGUCACUCGGUGUACAUCACUUGUUGCUAGUUCUCAGUGGGCAUUUGCAGUUUCAUCAAUUUGCGUCCCGUCUGACCAACGAAUAACUACCCUGACGGGGCAGGGGUCAAAGACUAUGCCACAACAGGGCACUGUCUGUCAUCAUCAUCGGCAACACUACAACACUAUGCACAGUGGUAUUUACGUAGAAAGCCUUCAAAACACUGGUAAAUAGCCAACAUAAUGAGAAAACAGAGCUACCGACCAGAUCCCCAUGAUGGUGGUAACUGUCAAUUGGAAAGGUGAUGACCAUUAUGCUGCCUGAAGAAGAAUUCACGGUUUAUUUCACCUGAAAAAAA